UUGACAAAAAUCAACAAGAAAAUGAAAAUAAUAAAUUGGUGAUGCGAUUAAUUAAUUAAUAACAAACGAAUUUUAGGAUACAAUAAAUAAAUCCAAAAUUAAAUAUGUCUAGGAUACAAGAAAAAGUAAUAGGUAAAAUUAAUGCUGAAAUUGGUGAUGAUAUUAAAAACCUACAUAAAGCCAAAUAUUUAAUUGAGAGCUACCACACACUUUUUAAAGACAUUGAAGGAAAAUUAAACCUUGAUAAUGAAUCUUACACUUCUGUUACUAAAUCAGCUUGGAAGCAAACUCAGCAUACUAUAGAAGCAAUAGAUUUCGAACUGGCGAAAAUUGAUCAAUUCGAUAAGAAAUUAUCUACUAAAAUAAAUGAUUGCAAUGUAGUGAUAAAAGAAGUAAAGCCAUAUUUAGAAAAUAUAAAGAAUUUACAACAGUUUAUUGAGUAUUUGCGAAUAAUACAAGACAUACAAGAAAUAAAUAACGCACUCGGUGUAGCUAUUAACGGUAGAGAUGAAACAAAAAUGGUGGCCUUAUUUCUGUCCCUUGGUGGUGAGCACAGUUCAGCUAAUAGUAUUGUGGGUCGGCUAGAAAAUAUUGAAGCGCGGUUUUUAAAAGCAUAUGCUAUUAAAUCUAGCGUUUAUUGGUAUAACAUUUUGAAAGAAAAGUUUUCAAAUGAUUUUGAAACUACUUUAAAAGCAAUCAAAUGGCCGCCUCAACAGCAAGUUAUUGAAACAUUUUCACCGUCCAAGGAAAAUAUGGAAAAACUUACUUUGUUAGCUGAAUAUUUAUUUCUUAUGAAAUCUCCAGAAGAAGAUGGUUCAACGAAUUUUGUAACGAUUAUUCCAUCGAUUGUUUGUCCUCCAAUAAGUAUUCCAACAGAAUUGUUGCUUCGACCAUUUAGGCAAAGGUUUUUUUAUCAUUUUACUGGUACAAGACAAACAAAUCGCCUUGACAAACCUGAAUGGUAUUUCACACAAGUAUUAAAUUGGGCUAAAGAAAAUCAUUUAUUUGUCGGCAAACAUUUUCAGUCAGCUGCAAUUAAAGCUGGUCAUGAAAAUUACAAUGUGCGAUUAGAGUUUAUUAGAGGUUUAGUACAAUUGACUAUUGAAAAACUGGGAUACGAUAUAGCAGAUAUUUGUCAAGAUGAAACAUUAUUUGCACAUUUAUUGGAUGAAACACUAGCUUUUGAAAUAGAGUUAAGAGAGACAUUGGGAUAUCCUACUAGUUUUCCAAGUGCUUUAAAUGUAAUUACUCAACCGCAAUAUUUAAUUAAAUGGAUUUCGAUUGAGGAAAGAUUUUGUACAGAUAAAAUGGAUUGCGUAUUACAAGGAGAUUCACCGUGGAUGCUAAUAGAUUCUAGUAAUAUGGAAGAAUUGAAAAUUCCUAAAUGUGCUGAUCAAUUUAUUAGAUUACUAGAUUCUAUUAAAGACCGAUAUAGUGCUCUCACACAGCCGGGUCACCAAUUACAGUUUUUAAAUUUACAACUAGAACUCAUUGAUAACUUUCGUCUUCGUUUAGUUCAAUUAUAUGGUAGUGGUGCUGUUGGUACAACAAGUAUUCUAAACGCAAUUAACUAUAUUAACGCAGUGUUGAAAGAGUGGGGCGAAAACGUCCAUUAUUUACAUUUACAUGCAGCAUUGGUUGGACCAAAUGUUAAUGAAAUCAAUUCGGUUUUCGAACAAGCUUCAGAAGAGCUUGAGCAUUGGCAAGAAAAUUUACUUAGAGAUUUAUCAGAAAAAAUUGUUGGAGAAAUAAAAGCAAAAUCUAUGCAUUAUAGACAUGAUAAUUGGUCAUUGCUUCCCGAACAAAAUACUAAAGAACCUUUUAUGUUAUCUUCCAGUGCUAGUGAUAUGUUCCAUGUAAUGAUGAUAAAUUUACAUAAUUUAGAGAAAGAUUUAUCAUUGAAUUUAUUUAAUUCGGCUAUACGCUUAAUCUCCCAACAACUGGACGAGUUCUUUUUAGACAGCAUGGUAAUGAAUACAAAAUUUUCAGUUGGCGGGGCUGCUCAAUUUCAGUUUGAUAUGACACGAAAUCUUUUCGCAUUGUUUGGUCAAUAUUCAAGAAGAUCCGAUUUGCUCUUUAAAAGAGUACAUGAUGUAUGUUUAUUAUUGACGACAUCAGUUGGUAGUACUUUAUUAUUGUACCAAACAUUAAAACAAGAUGUAACUCCUGAACACAAGCAGAAAGCUUUAAAAGAAUUUGGUAUUUUAUUCCUUAAACCAGAUGUGUGCAUUGAUAUAUUAGAGCGACGGAAAGAUAUUAGAAUAUGUUAAAUAUUUGCUUAAAUAUAUUGUUAAUUUGUUAAAUUUAUGAAAAAGGGAGAAUAUUUUAAUUAUUAUACAAAUAUGAAGUCAAAAUAGGAGCUACGAAGAUGUAAUUUUGAUUUAUUUUAAAGCUGAAUCCUCGAGAACGUAAAAUUAGAUAUAUAGGUAGAUAACUAAAAAUUACUAGAAAUAAUGUGGUGCAUAGAAAAUAAAACAAUUGACAGUGUUUAAAAAAUUUUUACCUUAUCUAGGAAAUGUAAUAAAAUUGUAAAUAACUUAUUCUAAUG